UCUAUUUUAUUUUAGCAUUCGCGUCGGUCCGUCGCCCGCGGCGGACGUGUGUCGCGCUUUCUGUUUAUUCCACCCGCUAUCGUCACUGCCGCCAUAAUCCAACCGUGAAUUUGUUUUUGGUACCGUAAUAUUGUCGUUCACAUCGGUGUUAGUUUAUGACUACAUACCCGACAGAAGUGUAACAGUGUUAUUAAAUACGUUCAAUGCUUCCGUUCGAGUGAAAUGACAUUUUGAUCAACAACGAUAUAAUGUUCAGUUACUCAAAUUUUAAUGUUGGUGAAAUACAACACUAACUUAGUCGGUGAAUUGGACUGAAAAGCUGCACGAUGUAUUCGACGUCCACGGCGUCGACAACCACGUCGGGUUCACGCGGCGAGCCUGCGGUUGGCCCGGUGGAACGGCGCGUGCGCGUCGUGCGCUUGCUGCGGCCGCGCCGCGCCGCACCCGCGUUUGGCUUUGCACUGCGCGGCGGCCGCGAAUACGCUACCGGAUUCUUCGUAUCCAAAGUUGAUAUAAACUCCGAAGCACAUCUGCAAGGAUUAAAGGUGGGCGAUCAAAUAGUGAGUGUGAAUGGAUACCGGGUGGAGGACGCGGUGCACUCGGAGCUCGCGCACUACCUCACCUCUCAGUCCCGGCUCAAGAUUAAAGUGCGACACGUGGGCAUGAUUCCGGUCAAAGAGAAGGAUCACGAGCCGCUAUCUUGGCAGUUCGUGUCGGAGCGUGGUUCGCUGUCAUCAGCCGCGUCGUCGUCACCCACACUGUGCGACCUCGCCGACCGCCUUGCUGACAUGCGUCUCUCAAUACUGGUACCACCGCGCGCUAAGCUCGGCUGCGGUAUAUGCAAGGGUCCCGACUGGAAGCCUGGUAUCUUCGUUCAGUUCGUAAGGGAAGGUGGUAUAGCGCGAGAAGCAGGUUUGCGGCCCGGUGAUCAAAUUUUGUCCUGCAACGGUCAAGAUUUCGCCAACAUCUCCUUCAAUGAGGCGAUAUCAGCAAUGAAAGUGAGCGGUCGUCUGGAGUUGGUGAUCCGCGAGGGCGCGGGCACGGAGCUGGUGUCUCCGGAGAGCUCGGGCUACAACAGCUCGGCGUCCUCUGUAGGAAACUUUCCCCUAUCAUGA